UAUCUUGGGCAUGCAGUUGUUAAUUAAUUAGUCUGUGUUUUACAGUUUCCUCUGCUCCCCAGUCCCCACUCCAAGUAAUGUAUGUGAAAAAGAAAUUAGGGUAAAUUAUGAAAAUCCCCUGAAAUUAGGUUAAAUUACAAAAAACAACACCAUCAAUCUGUAAUUAUCAAAAUUACCCUAAUGUUUGUUACCGUCCUACACCAACUCCUUGAUGGUGUGAUUUUUCAAGUAAUCUUUUUUAUUACAGGUAAUAUUUCUCAAAAAAUGCCAAUUUUACCCCUGCAUACGUGACAUUUCUUUAUGUUACUUUUUAAAGACAAAAACUACCCUCAGAAGAGUAAUACUAAAAAAUUGUAAAAGUGUUAUUUAAGAACAAUAAAAAUCUCGUGUGAGAUUAAUUAUUGCCUCAAAAAAUUAAUAUAAAGAAAUUUCACGUCUGCAGGGGUAGAAUCGACAUUUUUCGAGAAAAAAAAUCCUGGAAUUAAAAGAACACCGUGAAAAAUCACACCAUAAUUGCGUUCAAAAUGAAAAUAUAAUAAAAUCUAGUGGAAAAUGAAAAUAUAAAAUAAAAUCUAGUGGAAAAUGAAAAUGCAAAUAUGAAUAUUAUGUGUUGGGCCAGAGAUAUAAAUAAAGCCCAUAUAAUAGUAAUGAAAAAACCUGUUCGCCGCCGUAGCAGGCGGAGCCGCCGCCGUCAAGGGCUUCGCCGGUAGUAUGCCAUGAUUGAUUUGAUACCCUACUACUGUAUAAGGAUAAUGCGCCAUGGCCGGAGAGGAAAAACAAUGGCUCUUUUCCACCAUUCCGCCUCUUUUCUCCGACGACCCCUUUCCCCAAAAUCUAGGUUUACAACAGCAGCAAAAUCGACAAACGGCGCCGUAUCGGGAACUGCAUCGGAGCUCGGUAACCUGCUAAUAGUUGCCGCCAUAGCUAAAACUCUGUCGAAUCCCGGCGGAAUCCACUCUCUGGAGAAGGACGCCGACUCGAUUCCCUUGUCGGAGAAUCUCGUCCUCCAAGUUCUCCGCCGCGGCUCCCUCGACGCCGCCAGGAAGUUGGAUUUCUUCCGAUGGUGCUCUCUCAGGCCAAACUUCAAACACUCGGCAGGCACCUACCAUCAGAUGUUCAAAUCCAUCUGCAUCUCCCCUCGCCACCACCACAGCGACAUUCUCGAACUCGUCGCCUCGAUGGCGAGCGGCGGCGAUGCGGCGGCGCUCGAUUCGCCGACUCUUAAACUGAUUCUCAACAGCUUCAUCAGAUCCGGCAAGUAUGAUUCGGCUCUGGAAGUUUUGGACUGUGUGGAAAGAGAUUUGAUUCAAACAACCUCACUCAGCCCUGAUAUAUACAGCCCUGUCAUUGUAGCUCUCAUAAGAAAGAAUCAAAUCUCCAUAGCUUUAUCCAUUUUCCUCAAGUUAUUGGACUCUUCUUCCUCCGAAAUCCCGGAUGCUAUCGCCUGUAAUGAAUUACUCGUCGCUCUCAAGAAAUCCGACAUGAAAGACGAAUUCAAACAAGUCUUCGCCAAACUCCGAAAAACGAAGCUUUACCCACUCGAUAGAUGUGGUUACAACAUAUGCAUCCACACGCUAGGAUGUUGGGGUGACUUGUCUACUUCUUUAAACCUCUUCAAAGAAAUGAAGCGGGAAACAAACAUCCGUUUAAAUCCCGAUUUGUGUACGUACAACAGCCUAAUACAUGUUCUUUGCUUGCUUGGCAAAGUUAAAGAUGCCCUCAUUGUAUGGGAGGAGCUUAAAGCUUCGUCAGGCCACGAGCCCGAUGCAUUCACAUACCGAAUUCUCAUACAGGGGUGUUGUAAAUCUUACCGAAUAAACGAGGCAGUGAAAAUCUUCAGCGAGAUGCAGUACAACGGUAUAAAAACCGAAACGGUUGUUUACAACUCACUUCUUGACGGAUUACUGAAAUCAAGAAAGCUGGUCGAAGCGUGCAAUCUUUUUGAGAAAAUGGCGGAUGAUGAUGGUGCGAGAGCCACGUGCUGGACUUAUAAUAUUCUCAUAGACGGGUUGUACAAAAACGGGAGGGCUGAAGCUGCGUAUACUAUGUUUUGUGACUUGAAGAGAAAAGGCAACAACUUUAUCGACGGUGUUUCCUACAGCAUUGUAGUAUUGCAGCUUUGUAGGGAAGAUCAGCUCGAAGAAGCGGUGCGAUUGGUGGAGGAAAUGGAGGCUCGUGGAUUUGUGGUCGAUUUGGUUACGAUUACUUCACUUUUGAGUGCACUUUACAGGCGGGGCCAGUGGGAUUCGACCGAAGGGCUGAUGAAGUAUAUUAGAGAUAGGAAUUUGGUUUCUUCCCUUCUCAAGUGGAAGUCAUCAAUGGAAGCUUCAUUGAGAAGCCCACAGAGCAAAAAACGGGACUUCACUCCAUUUUUCCCCCCAAUUAGCAAUAUUGCCGAGAUUUUGAAUCUUGCGAAAUCCUCCGAAACCCACUGUGAAGGUGUGGAGGUUGAAAAGGACGAGUGGUCAUCCUCGCCGUACAUGGAUGAGCUGGCGAAUAAGUUCGUCUCUCGUGAUACUCCUUCGCAAUCUUUUUCGAUGUCUAGAGGGGUAAGAGUUAUGGCUAAAGGCGAAGAUUCAUUCGAUAUAGACAUGGUAAAUACCUAUUUAUCAAUUUUCUUGGCUAAGGGGAAGCUUAGUUUGGCGUGUAAGCUAUUCGAGAUUUUCACAGACAUGGGCGUGGACCCCACGAGCUACACUUACAACUCGAUCAUGAGCUCGUUCGUGAAAAAGGGCUACUUCAAGGAGGCUUGGGGGGUCCUACACGCGAUGGGUGAAACGGUAAAUCCGACGGAUGUAGCUACUUACAACGUGAUCAUCCAAGGGCUAGGGAAAAUGGGUAGGGCCGAUCUUGCGAAUUCGGUUCUCGAGAAAUUGAGGGAAGAAGGCGGAUAUUUGGAUAUUGUGAUGUACAAUACGUUGAUCAACGCGCUUGGGAAAGAUGGGAGGUUGGAUGAGGCGAACGAGCUUUUUGGGCAAAUGAAAAGUAGUGGAAUAAACCCCGAUGUGGUGACUUAUAAUACGCUCAUUGAGGUGCAUAGUAAGGCCGGACGGUUAAAGGAUGCUUACAAGUUUUUGAGGAAGAUGUUGGAUGAUGGGUGUGCGCCGAAUCAUGUGACCGAUACGGUUCUUGAUUAUCUCGAGAAGGAGAUUGAGAAAGUUAGGUACAAGAAGGCUUCUAUGAUGAGAUGUAAUAAAGAUGAUCCUUCUUCUUCUUAGGUUUUUGUCUUUUACACUCGGAUGAAGUGCUUUGUCUUAUUGAGUUGUGUUAUGUGUAUGAAAAUCGUGUGAUAUAAGUACAAACGAAGGUCGAAACGGUCAUGACUUUGAAUUAAAUGUUUAAGCUAAUCGAGUGAUGGAGAAAAAUGAACCUGA